AUGUCAGAGUUCGAUGAUGUAGUAAUCUUGAGUCUUAUUGGACAAGAAAUAACCCCCGAAGAAACACAAAAGUAUCUACGGCAAGUUCAAGAGUCCGAUGGUUUCGAUAUUGGUUACUUUCGCAAUGCUCGGACUCGGAUAAAUCCCGUUCCAAUGAAGGAUGAAUCUGGUUAUACACACGACAUCGAACUUUAUGCUAGAUUGGGACUUCACUGUUACAAUCUUCAGAAGGGUACAAACCUCAGAUUUCUUGACAUUCCCAAAUACAAUACUGAGGGCACUAGGUUUUUUUCUGGGUACUACAUAACCUCGGAGGCACAUAUAACAACAACUCUUUAUGCACUUUUCAAACUUCCUACUGGCCCUCGGGCUACUCCUAUUGAGCAUGAGAGGAGAUGGGAAGAUGAAGUGAUAGAUGAUUUCUACAAAGGUGAAAUGCCUAAGUGGUUGACAAAGGAUGAGCUGGCUGCAACCAAAGAUAAGGGGCAAUACUAUGAGUUGCAAGAAUCAGAUUUGCUAGAAAAUGAGUGGCUUCAUCUGUAUGCUGAGUUCGCACUUUACUUGAACUGGAGAGGAUUUCCGGUAAUUGUACAUACUCAAGAAAGCGGUGAAGAGUCGCCACAACUGAAGCUCAAAGCCAACAACGCCAUCUUCUACAUGAGUUUUAAGAGAAACUUUGAUCAUCAGAGUGGUAAUUACCCUGUCGAGUAUCAAGCAAUAGUACGAAAAACCAUGGAUAGGAAACCGGGACACAUUCGUCUAGAAGUGCAGUCUUGGGCAGGCACAGAUUUAUUUCUACUAUAG